GACCCCGUGACAGUGCCUUCCCAGCAGGCCCGACUGCUUCCUGCAUGCACAUGCACCAGUCGUUGCUGGAGCUGGCAGUGGUGAGGGGCUCUGCCACCGCACCCCUUCCCUCCAGACUGAGCGCCCCGGGAAAGAGUGGGGCUACCUCACUUCAGAGCUUCAGAGCCCGGCAGUGCUGCUGUUUCCUCUCUCCCACCUGGUUAUGAGUUGAGACUGUGGACAUGGACUUUUCUCGGCUCCACAUAUACACGCCGCCUCAGUGUGUGCCCGAGAACACUGGCUACACGUAUGCACUCAGUUCCAGUUACUCUUCUGAUGCUCUGGAUUUCGAGACUGAGCACAAAUUGGACCCCGUGUUUGAUUCUCCAAGAAUGUCCCGGCGUAGCUUGCGCCUGGCUACCACUGCGUGCAGCACUGAGGGGGGCCAGGCGGGGGACGCUGACUCCUGCCUCGGCAGCACAGCCUCCCUGAAGGACAGAACGGCCAGAACAGCAAAGCAGCACAGAAGUGCGAGCAAACUGGCUUUUAGUGUAAACCGCCCCUCGAGGCAGGUUGCUGCUGGCCAGAGCAGCGGUCUGCAGGGCGCGGCCUGUCUACGGCCGCCCGUGCUGGACGAGUCUCUGAUCCGAGAACAGACCAAAGUGGACCACUUCUGGGGUCUUGAUGAUGAUGGAGAUCUUAAAGGUGGAAAUAAAGCUGUCGUUCAGGGAAAUGGCAAGGUGGCCGCAGACGCAGCCUGGAGCAACGGCUACACCUGCAGGGCCUGCACCCUGCUGUCCGAGCGCCAGGACACGCUCCCCGCGCACGGCGCCUCCUCCAGGGUCUACUCGAGGGACAGGAGUCAGAAACGCGGUGCGUCUCUCUACGUGGAUAGGAUUCUGUGGCUGGCCACGUACGCUUCGUCAUCCUUUUCAUCAUUCUUAGUGCAACUUUUUCAAGUGGUUUUAAUGAAGCUCAAUUAUGAAUCAGAAAAUUCCAAAUUGAAAAGCUAUGAAUCAAAAGAUCGUGAAUCAGAAAGCUUUAAGUCAGAAAGCCAUGACUCACAAGCUCGUUCCGAUCCCUGUGGGAGGAGGACAGGAACAGAGUUUCUCAGAGCGGACGGAGGCCUCAGUGUGAAUGGGGAGUCGUGCGAUGAUUUUCGGGGGACGGGCACGGAGCACCUCGAAACCCACACAGCCACCUCCCUGUGGUCCCCCAGGACAGAGAGGGCAGCAGGGACCACGCGGCCCACCCUGUCUCGUGCAGGUCACGUCGCGGAGCGGGCGCUGCGGAGGAUCGGAGCUGCAGGGCGGUCUGUGUCGCAGGCCGUGUGGUCGGCCCUCUGGUUGGCCGCGGCGGCUCCAGGGACGGCAGCCUCUGCAGUGUUCUGGUGGCUGGGGAGCGGAUGGUACCAGUUUGUGACUUUGAUUUCUUGGCUGAACGUGUUUCUUCUUACAAGGUGCCUUCGGGAUAUUUGCAAGUUUCUCAUCUUGCUCAUUCCACUGCUUCUCCUACUCGGUGCCAGCCUUUCCUUACGAGGCCAGGACGGCUUCCUCUCCCUCCUGCCUGUGUUCAACUGGACACACACCCUCAGAACACAGAGGGUGGAUGACCCCAAAGACAUGUUCACACCUGAGACUUCUCACCUGAGCCAGCCUCCAGAGGGUGCUGCGGAGGCGUCUCCCUGGCGUUGGAUGAGUGAGGUGGAGAGGCAGGUGACCUCUCUGUCCGGACAGUGUCAGAGCCGCGACGAGAAGCUUCGAGAACUGACAGCUUCGCUCCAAAAGCUGCAAGUGCGGGUGGACCAGAUGGACGACGGGGGUGCCGGGGUGUCGUCCCUGGUGACAAGCGUGGUGGGGCAGCACUUGAAGGACCUUGGAGCCAGUGGGCUGCUGGGCUCCCAGGCCGACGCGGUGACCUCCCACCACGAGCAGUUAUCGCGCAUCUCAGACCUGGAGGACCUUCUGGGGAAGCUGGCGGGAAAGUUGGAGGCCAUCCAGAGGGAACUGGAGCAGACCAAGCUGAGGACAGAGAGCGCGCCUGGGCAGGAGCAACACCUGCUGUCCAUGGUGGCGCAGCUGGAGCGCGAGCUGGAGCUCCUGAGGUCAGACGUGGCGGCAUGGCGGCCGCUGAGGAGCAGCUGUGAGGAGGCCCACACGGUCCUCGGGAAGGUCGAUGCCCAAGUCCGAGAGACCGUCAGGCUCCUGCUUUCCAGCGACCAGCAGGACGGCUCCCUGGACUGGCUGCUGCAGAAGCUGUCGGCGCAGUUCGUCACAGAACCAGGCCGCAGUGCCUGCUCUGAACCCGCGUGGCCACACUCUGUGUGCCAGGGGCUGGGGCGGUGGGAGCCCUGUGGGCAGGGUGGGCGCCCUCCCAUGCCCUUCGCGUGGCCCCGCCGGAUGCAGACUGCAGUUUGGAUUUCCCAAACAUCCCCAUGCCUUCAUCCGCAACAUAGCUCCUGACAGUGCUCUCCCUGAAACGCAGGCUCCGCGCCUGCCGCUAACACGUAGCCUUGUCUCCCC